CAGUAUUAGUGCGGCAGUGCUAGCCUGUGCGGUCAUGUCUCCGCAAUGAGGGCGACAUGCCCGUCUCUGCCCUACCACCCGACCAGGCCUCCUCGCCCCCCUGUCUACACUGUCAAGAUCGCGGUAGACGGGAGUGCUGCGGAGUGUUUCGGGUCAGCUUGGACGCGGACUUGCUCUCUACCCUGGUGUCGAUAUACCCCGAGUGGUUCGCCGACGCGGGAGGCAUGGAGCCCGGCCAGCGUUCGCCCCCGAAGGCUGAAGUGGACGAAUCGCCGCUUCACCAGGCCAUGGACAAGAACAAGGAGUCUUUAAAAGUGAAGUUAAUGCUAAGAAGACCAAUUAACCAGUUAGUUGCUCAAGGAAUCAUGCCACCUCUGAAGACGCCGCCAGGCUUCCAUGAGCAGCGGCAAAAGCUGGAGCGUGCCAAGAUGGGCGACCUCCUUCGUGCCAAGAUCCAGCAGCGCCCUGACAGGGAAGAACUUGUCCGACAGCACAUCCUUGAAGAUGUCGGGCACGUAGACCCAUCGCUCGCUGAGAAACAGCGACAGCUGAAGAAAUGCAAACUUGCAGAUGCCCUUAAUGACCAGCUCUCGCACCGGCCGGGUCCGCUGGAGCUCAUCAAGAAGAAUAUCCUCCACACCGAGGAACCCAUAGAAAGAGCUGUGAAAGAGGGUCAGAUAGAGUUCAAGGCGACGUGCGAAGGUACCGCUACGAAGCCAACUCAUCCUGACCACUACAUGCUCGAUGAGGACAGCUCCUCACUGUCUCCGCCUCCUCCCAUGACAUGCACCACCACCAGCCUGGUCACAACCGCUUCAGCAGACAGUGCUUCUGCUGCGGGAGCCAGCGCCGGUCCGAUCGUCACGGUCCUCCUUGCGCCGGUCACCAUUCCUGGUCCUACUGUCUACCAAGUGCGGCCGCAGCAGCAGCAGGCUAUCUCUGUCCUCAAAGCCCAGAGCCAGAGAAAGAAGAGCAAAGUCAAAACAGCGCCCAAGGCUAGGACGAUCAAAUUCCAUGAGUAUAAGGGGCCACCAAAUGCUCAAAAGAAUUCCCCCCAAAGUUCGUCUCCCGUGGAGACAUCCUAUGAGCUGCUCCUGCAGCAGCAACAACUGUUCCUCCAAUGGCAGCUCGAGUGGCAGCAUAAGUACCCUCAGAUCCUGCUUCCGGCGUCGCAGAAGCCCCCGACGCCCAGCCCCUCGAGUAGCAGCUCGGCCGCCAGCGAGGCCAGCCAGAGCUCUGUUCCGCCACCCCCUCCUCCCCUACCGCAGAGCCCGCCCCCUCUCAGGAACCUUGAAGAUAUGAAAGUGAGUGACCUGAAGGCCGAGCUGAAGAGGAGGAACCUCCCCGUCUCCGGAGCCAAGCCACAGCUGAUCGAGAGGUUGAAGCCGUUCAGCGAGAGCCAUCAGCUGUCUCUCUCUCAGCACGCCGAAGACUCACUUCCUUCAGUCUGCAGUGUGUCCUCUUCAGGACAGGGCGUGAGCAGCACCACUUGCUCCUCGUCAGCUCUGAUGGAAACGGAAAGCCCCGAGACGCCAACAUCGCCAUCACCCACCGCGAUGGAGGCCACCUCCUCGGAGGACAUCAUCAGGGAGCAGCAGCGCAAGAUAGACCAGCUCCAGAGGCAGCUCACUCUACACCUUCACAACAAUACAUUCCAGCAACAGGUCCAACAGCCUGUCACCAAUGCUAAAGCUAGUCUCGCUGCCUUCCUUCAGCAGCAGCAGCUUAACCAACAACAACAACAACAACAGCAGCAGCAACAGCAACAACAACAACAGCAACAGCAACAAAUAAGCCAACAGCAGCAGCAACAAGUCAUUAUCAACAAUAAUAUUAACAAUAACAAUGUUGUUAAUAUCAAACACGAACCAUCAAAGUCUCCACCAAGGUGUGGUUCACUUCCUACCUUCAUUGGAACAUUUGUUAAUAACUCCAAUGAACUCAUUCCACUAUCAGCUGACAAUAAUUUUAUUGUUGAUAGCAAACUAUUGUUUGAUACCAAACCCAUGGAAAUAAGCAGGCAGAAUGACGAUUUGAUGGACGUCAAGUCUGAAAUUGUUGAUGACGUCCUGGAGAUUCUCAUAAAGAAUGGGGAACUGCCGGCUUCAGCUGCUGCGGAACCGCUGUCCCUGGACGACCUGGAUCCAGACCUGAUGGAGGUGGACACUGAUUGGUUGGACUCGCUCGCGCUGUCGCCGCCUCCUGCGUCUGGCCACAGGGGGGACCCUCUCAUAGGAGCUCCUUCAUCACCAUUUGACUUGUUCAUCGAUGACCCUGACCUCAAAGUGAACGGCGACUGGCCGGACAGGAUAGACUUCGCCAUAUAGUCGCCCUGUUGGCGGUCGCCCGUCAAAGAGACACCUCCAAGACUGAUAGAGGAACCAGAGAACCCCGAGCAUCUGACCACUGCCUCAAGUGCAUCGUUGUUCCUCACCCUUGUUAUUGUUGAACAGAGUGAUCAUUUUAUUGUGGCGAGUUAGUCGCGUUGUUUUCAAAAAUAUUUAUACAAAUACUAAACUUAGAUGAUACAUUUCUUAUUCCCUGUGUUCAAUGACAUCAGGUAUAAUGAAUACGUAGAGUAGUAGCAAAAAUUUUAUACGUCUUUCUUAGUAAGGGUAUUCAAUGAAAUUAACUGAGUUAAAGUAAAGGAAAUCUGUUAUAAUACUUUAGGUGGACUGGAAUUAUUAUUUUAUAUAGUUUUUUUUUUUUUAUAUUUAUAGCUUGCUAGUGAAGUCUAUAUUUUGGGACUACGAGCUAAUAUUGGUUGAUACAGUUAUCAUUUUAAAGAAGAUUUAUUUUCCUUACUUAUUUGUUAAUAGUUUCGAUAAUUCCAGGCAUUGAAUUGAUUCAUAAGAAGUCAUUUAAAAACAUCCUAUUUGUUUUUAGUAUUGUAGUUAAUCAUUUCUUUUUUGUAAUAGAUUUACUAAAACUUAAAUAGCCAACAUCAGAUUAUCCAAAAUUUAAAAAGCAAUCGCCUGCCUCCCUUUGUAUAGAUUUUUAUUUUAAUCUGUUGCGCGUAUCUUGUUAUCGAAUAUUCAUAGGAUGUAUAUGGCUCAUUGGGUAAUACUUUUUAGACAGUGAAAACCGUUGUUAAGAAUUUUUUGCUUUUGUGCGGCUGCCUGUAUUUAAAUUUAAUAAUGUAAGGUGACAAUAUGAUGAGGAUCGGUAGCAGUUCUCAACAAGCUAUUGUGCUCAUAUACACCUCAAUAAGUAGAUUUAGUGAACUUGGCAUUUUUACAUGUUGAUACAUUUUGUAAAGAAUCAGAUUAAAAUAAAGAUUUUAGAUAUAUGUAUAAUCCUUUAGGCUUAAUUAUGAUUCUAAAAAAUGUGUUAUGAACUGCCAGUAUCAUGUAUUUAACAACGAACUAUUGUCUUUAUAUUUAUUAAUUAUGGUUAUGUUCAAUAUUGUUUUUAUUGUUGAAUUUUUUUUUUAUAUGAAACAAAUGUAUUUCUCUAUCAACGACGGGAUGAUGGGGCAACUGAUGAAGAAAGUGAUGCUCAAAAGUGAAUUUGUUGAUUAUAGAUGAAACGAAUGGCUUUAUCUUGCCUAGUUUGUGAUAGGUAGUGCGGUGACGUGGACACUCGGACGCUAUCCCCGCCGCUCAGAAUAUGGUCACGAUGAGUGGUGAUUUAGUUAACUAUGUAUCAACUGAGUAUGUAGCUUCUAUUAAUUUACUAAUGUUUAUUUAGCAUCCAAUACAUGUAAUACAUGGCAAUAUCUCUUACCUGUUGAUCAUAUCCAUUUCUUUAUAUUUUUAUUUUCUUGUGAUAACACCUAUUAUCAUAUUUUGAGAUCUCUCGAUUAUUAUUAUAUUUUGCCAGUUAAUGUAUUAUUAACCCUUGAUACAGGUUAAUAUAUUGUAUAUAACAUUUUAACACAUUUUAGUGUGUCUUGUACUUAUUCAAACAACUGACGAUAAUUAUGUUAUUGAAGAGGUCUAUAUCGGUGUAUAUUAUGAGCGUUUGAAGUUGGUAAUAAUAUUAGUAAUUAUGAAUUGGUCAAAAUAAAUUUGUUUGAAUAAAUAAUGAAUGAAUUUAUCGCUGUAAAAUAACUCUGAAUAUUGAAAUUCGUUUUAGAAUAAACUGAUUAAAUAAUGUAUUGUACAUCAUUGUGUAUAAAUAAUAGUAAACACGAAGAUAAAAAGUGGUAACCUUUUAUGAUUAUUCUGAUUUUAAUCAAUGUAUUCAAUAUGUCUUACUAUAAAUAACAGAAAUAAUAUUAAACAAAUCAAGAAUUUAAUUAAGUUAUUAUAUAAAGGAAAUUAUUUUUAUAUUUAUUAUGCCUUAUAAUCAAUGUGGCAGUGGCACUCACCUUCCGUAAUCUCAUUAUUUUUUAUUAUGUUCUUUUUCUCGAGUGAAUAAAAAAAAUUGGUGAAUGGUGGUAAGAAACACUGUACAACCCAAGUCUUAAUUUUUAUUACAAAUCAGUUAUCUACAAUUCAACAAAUAUUUCUAAUUAAAUUUAAAUAAAUAUCAAUACUCAAAUUAAUUUUAUUAUUUAAUGUAAAUAAUGUCUAAAUCGUGUCUGCCCAAAUAUUGUAUGUGCAAUAAAUAUUAUUUUCUAUUUAAAGUUAGCAAUACAUUGAUGUGUUCAUGUUCGUAGUCAAAGUUAGUUAUAUGCUAGUACUUACAUAAAAAUGAAAGUGCAUUUUACAUUUAUGCGUUUUAUACAUUUUUGUGACUCUAAUUACACCAUUAAGAAUAGACCUCUCGUUAUCUUUUAUGUUCGCAGAUAAUUUUUUUUUUUUUAGUAAAAAAGACGCCAAUUUUGUUUUGGUUAUAUUUAACAUUCCAAAUAAUUAAAAAUAUAAAUAAAUAAAAGAAAAAAGUAAUAAUAGUUAAAUUGUUAUUGUUAAUUUAAUUUUGAUUACACUAUUGAUGAACUAGUUUGAAUUAAAUUAUAAAUUUAUAUUAAAUUAUUAAAAUAAAAGAGCUCAAUUUGGGUUCGAUGGUAUUGUUAAUGCUUUAGUAGGUUUCCAGUGGAUGCUUUUAAUGAAAUAAAUUACGUUCCAUGUGGUAAAUAUAGCAACUAAAAAGGAAAAUUAAUUUAUAUUAUAAACAUGUAAAUGAUUUGUUUAUAUUUUUAUCGAAUGUACUUCUUUUUGUUUUCUAAAUUACUGAACUAAUUGAGUUUUAUUAUUUAUUUAAAUUAUUGUACAAUUACUUUAUGUAAAUAGAAAAGCAUAUACAUAUUUAAUUAUGUAAGAAUAUGAAUAUAUUAUUUUUUUUAAUUUUUAAAAUUUACACAUGGAGACUUAAUUAUUGAAAUUAUGAGCGUUCACUGCCUUUUCAAAAUGGGACCAGGAAAAAAUUAACGAUUUUUUCGUUUCAAUUAUGAUUUUGUUUUUCAGUGGCACUAACAUUUCCAUAGCAUCGGUUGUGCCGGUAAUUGUGUAGUCAUUUUACUUAGAUUUUUUUUUGUCCUAUUUUUUUUUUCAUAAAUUUACUUUUGUGAGCUUUACAUGCACUUGUUUUAAAAAAGAGAGAAUUUUUUUUCUCAAAAUGCUUCAAGCAUAUUGAAUGUUAGUUAAAGUUAAAAUGAUGCAUUACGUGAAGGAAAUAUUGUUUAAUUUUAGCUCCAUGUAUAAUAGAAAUUAAACUUACAAGUAAUAUAUAUAAUUGUAUGAUGUAAAUGUGUGCGAUAUGAGCGUUUGUAAAUAUUAUAGCUAUUGUAGAGAAAAAUAUAAUAAUUUGUUCUCUCUGUCGAGAGCACAUUGUACUUAUGUAAUAUAUGACUUUAUUGAAAUGAAGUUUUAUUUUUACCAUCUUUAUUAUAAAUAACCCCAGGUCGAAUUGUAUGCACUGGAAAAUGUGUACCAAUAUGUUUUAGUGAAUUUACUAAUAAAAAGUCCAUACAGUAAAGUUAUUACAUAAUCACUUUCCAAAAUAUAAUAAAGAGUUUUUGUGUGGAUAAGGAAAAAGAUAAAAAACGUAACAAAAUUUUAAAUGUAUAGUUAUUAUUUAAUAACUUGUUAAAUAAUUACUAAUUACAUAAUAAAGAACUAGUCUUUUUUUUUUUAACUAUUUUAUUUUCACAU